UAGAAAACGCCUGUAAAAUUCAAUUUUAAACGCAGACCUCACAGCGAUUGCACCUUCUAGGAAACUCUUUUUCUAAAAAAAACAUGGAGAACAACCAAGAUGAUCCUAUGGAGCCACAGGCAUCCGGACAAGGGACAGAAGGCAAUAAGGAUGGGGACGACAAGUCGGAGAACUCGUCUCAGGUUGCAGGUGGAGCUCCUCCCAAGCGUUUCGAGGUCAAGAAGUGGAACGCAGUGGCCCUGUGGGCCUGGGACAUCGUCGUCGAUAACUGCGCGAUCUGCAGGAAUCAUAUUAUGGAGCUAUGCAUUGAGUGUCAGGCCAACAGUGGACCGAUACCCUACGACGGGUGCACAGUGGCAUGGGGAACGUGCAACCAUGCUUUCCACUUCCACUGCAUCUCGCGUUGGCUGAAGACGCGCCAGGUUUGUCCAUUGGACAACAGCCAGUGGGAGUUCCAGAAGUAUGGCCACUAAACUGCAUCUGCAGAGCACUCCCGGUGAAAGUUUUGGCAUCAAAAUAUCAAUAUGUACAUUAUACAGUUUAUAAUGAAGUUUUGACCGUUUUUCCA